UUUAAAGAACACGAACUCUAUAUUGCUUAAGUACACUCCAGGUUUUUUUUUUCGAAUUUUUAAUAUUAAUGAGCAAAUGUUACAUACUUCGAUCAGUCAAGUAGAAAUUGAUAGGAUUAAUUUUUCAGGGAAAUAAUAAUAAAGUUGAUUGAAUAUUUUUACUACAAAGCACACCUGUUGUUACUAAGCUAACUUUACGUAUGUAUACAUAUAAUACAAUACUAAUAACAUACUUCACAUGUGUUGUCACGCUUUCUUGAAAAUUUCAACGGUAUCAUGAGAUAACAUAUGGACAAUAUAACUAAACUAUGAUAAAGUUGUAUCAACACUUCGAAUUGCAACCCUCUGUUCAAAGGGUGGUUUAAAAGAAGCACAUGGUCGUCAUUUAAAUUACAAGUACUAUAAGAAGAAACUGAUAUUAACGAUAAAACAGAUUUUUUUAUUACAUAUAAAAUACAAAAAGUAGGUUUUAAAUAUCUUACCAUUUAAUUAUUAUACGUUCGAAAACAACUAUGGUAAAUGAGUGCCUUAAAAGAUCAAGAUCCCGAUUACGGGCCAUCCGAUGCAAGUGAUGAAAAACAUCAACGAAUUUACGAAGAAAAUGCACGAAGCAGUACAGCAAGAAAAAUAACUGCUAUUAUUGAAAGGGAAUUUUCCCAGGAAAUUAAUACAAAAGAGAAAGAAGUUUUAGAGUUACAAGAAAGAUUGCAUAGAGCAUCAAAAAUCCUUCAUCUUUUGCGUUAUGUUAUUGUUGCUGACUUUUAUAAUCGCAAACAGUGUCAAAAUUCACAAAAUGGAGAAGCAAAGCAAACUCAAAUUCAUCCUGCAAUAAAACAGCUGAUUGGUAAAUCACCAAAGUUAUCCGACAGUUCAAUUAUUUCUACGUCAACAACAUCUAACAAAGACAGUUAUUUUACCACAUCAGAAUCAAUUUCGAUAUACCCAUCAAGUACCACUGAUGAUGCUGUAAAAAUAGAAGAAGCUUCUGAACAUUAUCGAUUGGAGAAAAGAAGGAAUGAAACGGACGAAGAUCCACGACCAAAGAAAAUUCCACGAUAUAUUCCACCAAAAAGUGGAGUCCCAGAGUCUCAAUGUCCAUCGAGAGGUAUUAGGCACAAAGUGAGGAAACGUAUAAUUAUUGGAAACAUUUCAAAAUGGAUUCCUCCAGAAUGGAGAGAAGAUGCUGCUAGUCACAAAUGGACCAUGUAUGUUAGAGGAAAUAAAGAAAAUCCUGAUAUUAAUGAUUUUGUUAGCAAAGUUCGAUUCUUUUUACAUCCUAGUUAUAGACCUAAUGAUGUUGUCGAAGUUACAUCAGCACCAUUUUGUCUUUCAAGACGCGGUUGGGGUGAAUUCCCGCUAAGAGUACAAUUGCAUUUUAAAAGUGCUCUCAAUAAGCCAAUGGAUAUAAUUCAUUAUUUGAAAUUAGACCGUACUUAUACUGGUCUACAAACUUUAGGAUCCGAGACACUUGUCGAUAUAUGGAUCUAUUCAGACUCCCGAAAUUCUAAACGAAAUACGGGUAAAGUAAUUGAUGAAGAUUUUAAUGAGAAUGAGCAUAAUUACGAUGUGAAGCUAGAAAAUGAUAAAGAUUCUAAUCUCAUGUCUGAUUUUAUAAGUAACGGCAUAAAUAAAACAUUAGAAUUAGCAGAUAAGGGCAGUGAAGUGGUAGUUAAGGAAGAACCCUCAGAAGAUAUAGAAAUUAAUGAAGACUUAAUAAAUGUGAAAAAACUGUUAUUUUAUAUAGAACUUGAUCAUGAUUAUUGUGGUUCCAAGUACUUAAAUGAUUCUGAAAGAAAUUUAACUAUUGACCAUUCAUCAACAACAUUAACUAAUUCAUUUUUACAUAAGAUUGUCACAGUAGAUAAUCAGCAGAAAGAAGAUAGAGAGGAGGUCACUGAAACUAAUAACACAAUAACAAGUGAACUUUUAAUAAAUGGAUAUUUAACAGACUUAAAGGUACAAGAGGAAUUAACAAGCACAAGCAUACCUUUGUUAGAUGAAGUUAAUCGGAAAGUACUUCCUCUAAGUUGCUCCAGAGUUCACUCGAACCUUCGUCCUUUGAAAAUUUCUAUUCCUCCAUUGUUUGAACCAUCUGGAAAUAGACAUGUCUUAGUUCUUCAGAACAAUAAAACGAUUCCUGUAGAUAUUGCAGGUAUGGAUUAUGCCCGUAAUAACGAUUCAGCAAAAUCGAGGAUAAAUUUAACUACUUCUCGUGGUAUUAGUUUGUUGAAGAAACCUUUAGGCACAGAAACUAAAAUCCAAGAACGAGAUCCUAAUGGAACAAAGGUGCAACAAGGAUUAAAGCUUCAAGUUUCUAAAAGUAUUCUCUUAAAUGUAAAUUCCAAUGUACCAGUACUAAAGAUAGCUGAGAGGAGAAAUUCACCAAAUGAUCUUUCUUUUAAUUUUGAAAAAGAAUCAACUACUGAACAGGUGUUAAAAGUGAACAAUCAAGAAUUGAAGGAAUUCAAGUUAUCACGUCAGAAAAUCACUUUAGGGAAGGAUAAAUACAAGCUCCAAAGUAAAAAGGAGUUUUACGACGAAAUUAUCCGAACAAUUGAGAUAGCAAAUAUUCUGAACGUUCAAGGCCUAUUGCGAUUCAUUGUUAGAAGAAUGCCCUUGAUAACUCAAAAUGCUUCCGACUCCGAUUACAGACGACUACAUCCUUAUGCCUGCACGAGCGAAGAAGAAUACUUUAGCUAUAGUAUAGCGAAGCGAAAUGCCUGUGAAUGGAAUCGAGCAAGGAUGAUACGAUAUUUUAUGAAGAAAAAGCCAUUCACGGAGGAAGAAUUAUGGACCACUAAGGAAAUAAUGAUUUGGGCGAGAUUGCACGGUUAUACGCCUCUUUGUCCGAAUUUGAGUAUUCGGUCAAUAAAACAGCAGAAGAGUUUACCCGUUUCCACAAUCGCCAAAAGCAUUUCUACAUGUACACAGCCUGAUACUUUCUGCAAGUGGCUUCAAAUUUAUCCAAAUCAAUCGAAUGAUAAUUUGCUUAACUCUAAUUUACAUCAAUCCAACGAAUUGGACAUUGAGGUUGAUGUUGUAAAUACUGAUGUUGCACUAGAAAGCAAAGGAUUGAAAGAAAGAAAAGAGCAUAAGGAAUUUGUAAACACGAAAAUUACAGUAUUGGAACUUGAAAAGAAAGUAGUGCCGUUUUAUGAUUUUAUUUGUGAAACUGCCAGAGAAAUUGGUAUUAAGCUAAUUUCUGAAGAAAUUGUACCCUCUGUCGUACAUGGCGCAGCUGGUCGAAUGAUAAUGCGGGCUGUUGAAUGCCUUGCAGAGGAUUUAGUCAGAAUGUCUUUGGCGAAAGCUUGGGAAAGAUGCAGUGAUAAUGGAUAUCCGAAGGUGAUCGUUUUGGACGAUGUACGUGGAGCCCUUCUAAGUCGUGAAGAAUUUGAUAUUUUUACAAAUCACGGAUUAGGCUCAAAAUAUCGGUUAACGGCUACAGAUUAGCUUAGAAAAAUAUAAAAUCUAGAGAAUUUAAUGACUGAAGGAAUAUUUAAUAUUAAGGAAAUUUAAAAAGUUCUGCCGUAUUUAACACUUAAAUAACAUAGGUCUGCUGCAACAACGUGCUCCAAUACAGUUCCGAUAACGGAAGCCUCGCACAUGUACAAAUUUAUAAUUUUGAAUAAAGUAUAUGAAAUUUUGUACGAAUCAGUAGGUUCAAUAAAAUUUAAACUAGUUUCUGA